GAGACCAGUCUUGGAUUCACUCAGAAGCAGAGCUACUCAAACUCCAGCUGUGCUGCUACAUUCUGAAGAGUCUGUGCUUUACCAUAACAGAAACACCAGGAUGUAGUCAUGAUGGACUAAAGCAGAUGGAGGAGCUACCAGAAGAAUCUGUACCAGUCUGGGAAGGCAAUUCCAGUGUCUUUGUGAAAGUUACUGGUCUAACUGAGGCUGAGCAGGUCACCCUUGGAACAGAGAGGGCAGGAACUCUAGAAGAUAGUUUCACUUUGUUUGGGUGUCCCCCAAUUUAUCAUGCAGCAGGACUGCUUUCCCCUUAUUCUGAGAAGUUAUCUGAUGAUGAGACAAGUAAGAAAACCAAAGGUGAAGAAACCAUUUUUCUCUUGAAGGAACAAGCUAUAACUCUACCAGCAAAGACAUUCCCUGCUUCUGUGGUUGAACACUUGAUGAGGAAGAAGCUCCAGCUUACUUGGUUCAAACCUGAAAGCUGCCACUCAUCAGCUGUCACCACUGUGGAGAAAGUGAGGAGUGCAAGUUUCUGUGAGGCAAAUACUAAUCUUUGGUCUGCUGGCCUCUGCAUUGUUGCAGAAGGGGGAUUUUAUGACAAAGUUCCUGUACUUUGUGGAAAGUUGCCUUCCACUGUGACUGAAAUUUUCACAGCAUGUCUAGAAAAAUACAACAUGGAAAAACAUUGGGAAAACAAGCAAAUUCUACCAAAAAGCCUAAGUGAAAAUAGAUGUCUGGAUAAAAUUGUUGGUGAUGAAAAGUAUCGCCAAAAAAUCUCUAGAGAGAGAGCUAAAGGAGAAGAAAUACAGACUGAGAAAUCCCAGCCACAACUGGUGACCUGCGUUCUUGAGGAAAGUUCUAAAUUUUUACAUAAAAUUGAAUUUAUCAGGCCUGAGAAGCAAGGAAUGGAAGCCAAAGAGAGACUAGGUAGCAUACAGGAUGUCCAAAGUUGGUCUCUUAAUUUUAAAGACUUAAAGAAGUGUUUUGAAGGGAGUCUUGAACUAAUGGAGAAAGAAGAAAACAUCUCAGAGAACUGCAUCUCUGAUGUGAAUAGCAGAUAUAAUGGAGAAGAUAUAAUUGAAAUGGAAGAGAAAGGAGUGCAGGCUCAGAAACCAACUCACCAAACGAACCCCUCCAGCAAUAUUGGCGUGAAAGAAAAGAAAGGCCAGACCUUGGGACUAUGUGAACCAAAUGAGAAGAAUUUCUCAUAUGAAAAAAUAGCUGCUGAAAACGUGCAAUAUGCAUACUCUCAGAAUUUCUUUUGGUCAGAUGAAGAGGGGUAUCCACUAAAAUUACUGUUUCCUGUGCAGGAGAGUGUUGUGUGCCUAGGCGAACUAUUCCUGCCAGGAAGCAGUUUUUAUGAGUGUUUCUGUCAUCUGUCACCACUUGAAGCCUGUAAUGAAUGUAAUGUGAAAAUAUCUGUACUGGAAAAAGCAGUGGCUGUGUGUUCUCACAGGAUAUUUCUACUCAUGCAAGAGAAUGAAAAUUAUUCCAAAAAAGUCUGUAUAUUAAAACAGGAGAAUGAGAGAUAUGCUCAGAUGAUGUGUGCCCUGGAAGAGGAGAUGGAUGCAUCUUUUCAGUACAUUUUAGCAGCAGAUGAAGCUAACGUUGUUUCAUUCCAAAACUUACUUAAUGAGAAAGAGGUUUCUGGUGGAUGUUACAGUAACUUAUCAGAAGAAAACACCAUGGCCCCAGGAACAUUUUUAGUUAAAACUUUCUCUAAGAACCUCCCAUGUAUUGAAGAGAAAAACAGGAAUUCUGAAAAAGACUCAUCGACAAUUGCAUCAAAUAAACUUUCCAGGAGUGUUCUAUCCCUGAAGGGAAGGAAAAUGAGGUAUUUCCAGCUGCUUUCUGACCUAAAAGAAGAAAGAAGCAGAUGCUUCAAAGAAAUAGCUAAAUUAUUACAAGACAAGGAGAACUGUGUAGCAAAAUACAAUGAAUUAAUACAGGAGAGAGAGGAAAAUUUACAAAGAAUAGCUCUUUCAGAGCGUGAAAAAGAAACUUUGUUGGGACAUUUAGCAGAGAUAAAGUGUGAGCAAGACAAAUACAAGACCUUGGUUUCAGAACUCCAAGACUGCAAAACCAGCUGUUAUCAAAAAAUUUCUGAUUUACAGGAGGAAAAAUAUGUACUGAAAAGAGAGAUAGACAGAAUCAAGAAAGAAACUUCAGAGCGGCUAGAUGAAUUUCAGAAAGCAAAUACAAACUUUAUUUUAGAAAAUAAAAAAUUGAAAGAAUUAGUGUCUUCUUUGGGUUUCACCUAUGAAGAGCUGAGAAAAGAGAAAAGUUUGGGAACAAAGAAAAAGAUAGUAAAAGUAAAAGAAGAAAGUCAGCAACAUGGUCUUAAGCCAAAGAAAUUUGAAACAGUGUGUAGUGUAACGCAAACUGAAGAAGAAGGAGUUCUGGUUAUAAAUCCUUCAAACUAUUUCCCUGGGAAGGAGGGCAGCAUGUUUGAAAGCUACAGUACAAUGAAAGAGCAAGUUGAAAAGGCAAAAGAAGAAUUAAAAAUACAGCAGAAGGAAUUAGAAAAAUCAAAAAAAGAGGCUCAGAAGUGGUACAGAGAACUUGGUUUUGCUGAAACAAGGUACGAAGAAAUCAAGACUCGUUUAAUGCAGGUUCUCACAGAAUUAGACCGCCUUAAACAAGAAACUGGGGACAAAAUGCUGGGAAAGCAGCACUGCAAAUUAAUGCCUGAAUACAGCAUGAAAGAUGUCCAGGAAAAAGAGGUGAAUAAAAUAGCCAGUAUGAGAUUACAGCAGCAAGUGCUGACCUUGAAAGCUCAGCUCAGGGACCAGGCUGCAUUAGAAAAUCAGUUUUACAACCUGCAGAAUGAAGUGGAACUCCUUCAGGCUCAGCUAUGUGAAAAGGAAAAAGAACUUGAGAAGAGAAAGUCUGAAGUGAAGUUGACAUUAGCUCCUCUGAAGGCUAAGCUGGCUUGCCUCACCCGAAAGUGCCAGGAAAGGAACAGUUUCAUUAUGAGGAUGCAUGGUGAAUUUCACAGGCAUGGAAUUAUUAACUUUGCAUUUGAUGAAGAGGUGAAAAACUUGGUGAAUGACAUAACCCUGACAGAGUACACGGCUGCUUUUACACCAAUGUGUGAUCAAGAGUUUCUCUUGCAGAUACUGCCUUCUUCCACAGACGUUUCACAGGCUAAUGGACAGCCAGAGGAUCGCGAGACAGCUGCCAAAGUGAAUGGAAUGACUGGGUCAAUACCUGCAAACUCUCAGCAAGAGGCAGAGAGCACCCACAGUUCUCACAUCACUUCAAACGUGUAUGCUGGUUCUCCUGUCAAAUUGACAAGCCCGGAGAGGAUCAUAGCCCUGCAUCGAGAACUGAGACAAAACCAUUGCAAAACUUACCGGAUACCCUCAGUUGUCUCCUCCAACUCAAAUCCACAGGCUGAUCGCAACUUGCCCACGAUCCAUAAGGAAGCCCCUUGGCCUCUGCUGUCAAGGAUGAAGGAUGCACUGGUGCCUCUGGAGCGUAGUGUCUUCUGGGCCACGAAGGGGAGGGAUCAGUUGUAGAAACGUGAUGAUGUGUUUUGGGGUCAAAUAGGAAAUCAGCAUGCAGGUGCUACUCCCCAGGGAACAAAACAGAAAAAUGCCAUUAUGAAUAAGGCAUGGCUCUCUAGAGAAAAAACAGAUGGCUCAACCUCAGCUACCAGCAAAAAGCUAUUUGUCAGACGUGUUGUCAGCAAGUAAUAAAGGUCGAAAUCCUGUGGGUAGGAAUCAGCUGCACGGGAAAGAAUAAAACCUGCAGAAAUAAAACAAGCACCCUGGAAAUCCUCAGUUUCACAAAUUAUUGUCUCAGGUUACUACAGGCCAGGGCAAAGUAAGGAAGAAAAGCAGAAUGAGAGUCUCCUCUUGUCAACCCUUUAACACUGCGGGUGACUUUGCCAGUUGGAUCAGUCUCCAUUAUUUAACAGUGAGAAGAGGCAGCCUGAUGUUUGAUUCAGAGAGAUGAUGAUGAAUUAAGAUGUUGCAAUAUGACUUUAAAUGCAGAAUACAAGGAAAGAACGUAUCAGUCACACAGAAGAAGCAGUAGAGCUCCCAAGGACUGAUGAAAUGUGCUUUGCCCUGGUGGUGACUGCAGCUGCUACGUUAUGUGAAAAAAUGAGAAGUUGCCCUAAAUUACCAUCUGUGAUGUUUUAGCCACCUCCUGUAGUGGAAGCUGGUCAUGUGGGCCAACCCUAUGUGUGGUUUGAGACUGAGUGUCGUUUUGCUUUCUUGGGAUCUCAGCAUUUGCAUUUUAAAGCAAUUACCAAGUUAAGCACAAUCUCUGUGUUCAUGGGUCUGCCUGCAUGGGCAUGUAGUAUCUUCAGCCUCGUAUGGCUUUGAGAAUUUCUGAAAGAGCCUUUGAUCUGAGUUGGGAUGUUUAGUAUUUCUGAGGGCACAUACUUGAGGGUACAAACUAUUUAGCAAAUGAGACAGAAUGGCAUUUUUACAAGGGUAAGUAGGAAUUGAGAAUGUACUUCACGUGCGCUGAGAGGCACUUGGAACAUCAAAGUGCUGUGUUCUAAUACUCUGAGUAUUUCAACCGCGUGAAUAGGCCACACUGAAUUUAACUUUCAGAAAAGUCAUUUGCAGGCAUACAUGCUUUUCCUGAAACAGGUGUGUUUGUGCACACUGGCUGGUAAUAGCACACAUGGUGCAAACACAUUUUGCAAUCACACUGCACGCUACAGAUUACGCACCCAUAACCCCUUACUAUUCAUCUCCCAGUAUCGUUUUUGAAGGCAGGGAGAUGCGGAUACAGGCGCAAGACUUGUGGAUCAGGGGUUGUAUGUGUACAUCCAUCCAUUCUAUAACUAAAGGCACACAGCACUGUUAAGUCAGCGGCAAUACUCGUCCUGACCUGAACGGCAGCAGCCAUGGGUACUGCUCUCAAACUGCCUCUUAUGCUGUGAUGCUCUUUCAGUUUUGAUAACUGUUUUAUGACUUGUAUUUUCAUUUUUAUUUUUUUUAAUGUUGAGCUAACUGCUAGGAUGUGCUGUCUUCGCAAUGCUUAGUUGCCCAGCAAUUACAGAUACACUUCAAAAGGAAGCAGAAGAAUAAUAAACCGUGGAAUCCCAAAUCAGAUUAAUGUAAUGUGCAUUUCUAGAUUACGAUUAGUAACAAGAUAACACAGUGUCAUGGUAACACUUGAAACUUAACUACAAGUUCCUAAAAUAAACCAAUGACAUAUGUAUAAGUUUCUAUCCAUUUGCAUAAUAUCCACCUGAAAACAUACAUCAUUUUUACAACACCCAAGCAAUUAAACCCUACUUUUCCCUUCUGAAUUAAGUGUUGAACUAAAAUAUCAUGCCUCUUUCCUAGUAUUUAUGCAUAAUCUCCCACCAUAAAUUAUAAAUGUUGAUGAAGAAGCUGUCCAUUUUGUAACAUCUCAGGCUUUCUGCCUUUUGGUUUCAUUUUAGAACAAUUAGCAUAAGGAAUGUAGAACACACUUUAUUCUUUGCGGUUCGUACCACAUUCAUGUCUUUGAAAUUCUACCACCUUCUAAUACAAAAAUUGUCUCACUGAUAUUGGAAAAGUCUGUUUAUUAAUUAAGUUGAUAGACUAGUGGGUGCAAUUCAUGUGGCUGAGGGUUGGGAAUUAAAAUCCCAACUUUACUUCAAAUCACUGUAAGAGAGGAGUAAACUUUCAAUGUGAGAUUGCUAGCUAAGAUGGAGAGCCUAGCUAUUAUUUUCUAGUUGCCUUACAGUGAAAAGUGUUGUCUACUUGUUAUAGAGUCUGACUUUCUUUCACUAAGCAGAAGUUAACUUGUUUAAUAUGCUAUCUAUGGUAAAGGUGCCAGGAUAUGCUUUACAUGUAUUGUCAUUUUGUGUUAAACUUUCACAGAAUGCAAAAUUGGGCACUUUGUUCUGAUUGCUUUAUAUGCACAAUACUGCUUUGACCAAAUUCGUUAGUCAAAAUUAAGAUGCUGCAAAGUUCUUUGUAAGUAAAUAUGAUCUUCUUCUGUCACCUUAAAUAGACAAAAUGGGCAGUGUUACACGGAAAAUAUUAUUUCUUUGGCAGUUCACUUCUUUAUGUAUACUGUAUUGUAUAGACCAUUGGAGGAUAUUGAAAAUAUAGCUUACAGGUUGCUCCUUACACAACCUUUAAAUCCCAAAUUCUGUUCUUCACACCUCUGUGGAUGGCAAAUGCUGAAAGUAAAAUGAUUGCCUCCAGCAUGAUAAUCAUGUUACAUUCAGAAUAAUACAGUUGCUGGGAAAUAUUUCAUAUACACAGCAGAGUUCCUAGGAUAAACCUCCUGCUAAGGCAUGGCUGAUGUUUGUCCUUUUGGCCUUUUGAAUAGUGGAAAGUCUGAUUUGUGUUUAAUAAAUCUGCCUGUAUUUCUCACAUGCAGAUGAAGGUUUUUAGUAUUUGAAUUUACUGUUGUUGUGGGGUGGAGGGAGGAACAUGUGCAUGCUGGGUUUGCCACUAAUCCUUUGGAAAUCCUUUAGUGCCUUAAGGAGGCAGAGGGGAAACAGACCUUAGGAUUACAGAAACUUGUUCAAACCUCUUUCCUGCUUUAGCAGAAUUGCUUCAAAAUAUAUUGUGCCUUUGGCUCCAAAUAUAUUUGCAUUAGAAAUCAGUAGCCAUGGGAUUAUGGACAGGACUUUUUGCCCCUGUACAAAUGUUAGGAAAGAGAGCAUACUGUUUCUUGUACAGGAUGUGAAUUAAAAAUGUAGCUAACUUAAAUUCUACUGUUGAGAUCCAUGAAUACUAGGAAAGUUGCAAGUUGCAGUUAAAGCCAGAAAAAAAAAAGAAAAAAAAAGGAGAAAGUUUAUAUAUAUACUAGAUGAAAUGCUUGUACCACUGAAGUGACUGGCAAAUUUCCACUUGCUUCCCUGGGACCAAUAUUUCAUGCUUGCUUCUACUUGUCUUAAUAAAUUCUCACAAGUGAUAGACACAUGGGCAUUAUGCUCUCUUUAACAUUGUUUAUGCACAUAAGGGAAGAAAAGAGAGAUUAGUAGUUGUGGAGACCUGCCUUGAUUUGGAGUUGUUUGGAUCUGUGGUAUAAAUCUCUGUUCACUGUUGUUUCUCUGUGUAACAUAGACUAUUUGCUAUGGGCAUAUGAAUAUUCAAAUGUAAAUUCCAGUGUGAGAGGUUACUGUGCAGUGUGCACUAACCAAUGCCAAACAACUACAUUUUUCUACUCUCUGAACCUUGGUCUUUUUGAAAAAGAGGGAAAAUGUAGCUAACAGAUGAAAACCACUCCUGUGCCAAAAAAGCUUGCAUGAGGCAAUUCAUGUACUCCCUGAUGGUCCUAAGCAGCUCUUAGGAAAAAUUGAAUAAGCUUUUAGCUCAUGAGUGAAUUUUAUCUUCUAGGAAAUAAGAGCAAUUUGCUAAAAAAAAAAAAAAAAAGAAGAACAAAAAAAAAUGAAGGCCCGAAAAUCAGACUGGUGGUGGUCUUCUGUUUUGCUCCCUGGGAUGACGAGCAAGUAUUAAAGAAUAUGUAAAUAGUUUAAAGAAAAUCAUCACAUGGCUCGCAGUAUGUGAGACAAGGCCCAGCAUGGAACAGAUUUUUAUAGCUUAUUUAUAAAUUACACUUCUGCCUUUUGUUUGGAACUUGGAAAAGAAAACAGUGUAAAUCAAGAAGUGAAGACUUACUGCACAUAUUUGUUGACUGAAACAAAAAUAUUUCCCCACCUCCUGAAGUAUUAAGGAGUAAUUUGGGAUGAAUAAUGUAUGGAGUUAUUGGGUUUUGAGCUCUAGUGCUGUACAACUAUUUAACUCUGCAAAGCCAACAGAGGGAUGGUAACCAGAAGUCAUGAAGAUCAGUUUUUAGGGCCACAAAUUCAUAUAACGAGAUACCAAAGAAUGCACAAAAAGGCUGAUGUUUAUGGUGUGAUACUUAUUAAGCAGGUGUACCAGCUAGACUGGGGAGGGAGGGAUAUUUGUAAAUAAAUGCAAAAAGGUUUAAACUCUGACCCAUAACCACUCUGUAACUGGGUGUCAAAUUAAUUUCAGCUAAGUGAGAAGCUUCGAUAGUAUGAGAGAGGCCACUCAUAUUUUAACUGUUCCAUUAAAACCUUCUGGGUAACUUUUCAGCAAAGUUUUCCACUCUAAGACAUUUGUCAUAAAUAUCAACUGUACAUAUGUAUUCAUUUUAAUUGUAAGUAGGGACAAUACAGAAUUGUAAUGAAGUCACAAAGUCUACUUGAUGAUUAUCACAGAUUUGUAACUCUCACUUAAAUUAUGUAAGAUAUGUUGACAUUUUAUCUUGUUAACAAGAUGUAUUUUUCUAUGUUAGUCAAAUGUACAAUUUGUACAAUUUUGUAUAUUAAAUGUAUGCAUAUUUUAAAUUAAAAACGUCAUAAUUUUAUUAUUUUAAAA